AUGUCGGACAUUGCUUCGUUGCAGUCGCAAUGGCUGCAACAGCUCUCGCAGAUGAAACAGUCGAUUGCCGACCUAAAACUGGAAGAACGUCGCCAAAGCAUCGAAUCAUCUAUCGAAACAGAUAUAGACCUGGAUUUUGACGACGAAGAAUUCUCGUCCGGUGCUGUAGACGACAUUUGGGAUGUCAUUAGUUCUGAUGAAGAAAGUGAUGACUUUGACCAUGUAAAUGGAGUAUCACUGACAACGACUGCGGGGUACGAUCACAGCUGGUUGGAAUCCAGAUGUCAGCAACUGGCUGCUCAAAAGUCGGGACUCGAUUCUGAGGCACUCGUCCAACAAAUUGAAGCUCUUCUAGCGUCGGAUAGUGGAGAUGAUGAGUUGCAGAUGUCACUUGCCGAAAUUAUUGGGUUUGAUGAUCUGGAUCUGGUGAUCGAUAUCAUCGCUCAUAGACAAGAUAUUCUCUCGUCCAAGGAGUCAAAAACAACAGCGCAGACGGAUGGAUUGUUUGCCGGCAAACUUCAAACACGCGCAGAGCGUGAAGCUACUCUUCGCCAGCAGGACUACGAACACAAACAUGCUACAUUGGCAGCAGCACAAAGCCGGGACGAGGUCAAGUAUCCGCACGUGUACAAAAUGCAUGAUUCUCGAAAUACGCUGUCACUAGGAGGUAAGAAAUAUGGUCUUCCUAUGGGCAGCAAGCAGGUCGAAGAGCAGAAAUAUACCGAGAUCAGCGUUCCCGCUUCCCGCGGUGUGUCUCCAGUAGGACCAAACCAGAAGCUGGUGCAGAUCUCAUCAUUAGACGGGCUGUGCAGAGGAACUUUCAAAGGUUACAAAUCUUUGAACCGAAUGCAGAGUUUGCUGUACGAUGUUGCGUACAAAACUAGCGAAAAUAUGCUUAUCUGCGCCCCGACCGGUGCAGGUAAGACUGAUGCAGCCAUGUUGACAAUUCUUAAUGCUAUCGCCAAGAACGUCACUCCCAAUCCUUUGGAUGAACCUGAUGCAACGGAAUUUAUUGUACGAGUGGAUGACUUCAAGAUCGUUUACGUUGCACCAAUGAAAGCUUUGGCAGCAGAAGUGACUGAAAAGUUAGGCAAACGCCUGGCGUGGCUUGGAAUUCAAGUUCGCGAGUUGACAGGUGAUAUGCAAUUAACGAAGCGGGAGAUUGUUGAAACUCAAAUCAUCGUAACAACUCCAGAGAAAUGGGAUGUUGUUACGAGAAAAAGCACUGGAGAUACGGAACUUGUGCAAAAAGUACGACUACUGAUUAUUGACGAAGUUCAUAUGCUUCAUGAUGAACGUGGUGCAGUUAUUGAAUCUCUAGUCGCACGGACUGAACGUCAGGUCGAAAGCACACAGUCCUUGAUUCGCAUCGUUGGUCUCUCGGCAACUCUGCCUAACUAUAUCGACGUGGCAGAUUUCUUGAAAGUCAACCGAAUGGCCGGUCUAUUUUUCUUUGAUCAGUCUUUCCGCCCAGUACCCUUGGAACAACAUUUCGUGGGUGUUAAAGGAAAACCCAACAGCAAGCAGUCUAGGGAGAACAUCGACGCCGUUGCCUUUGAAAAAGUACGAGACAUGCUUGAGCAAGGUCACCAAGUCAUGGUCUUUGUCCACUCUCGAAAAGAUACCGUUAUGACGGCCCGGACAUUCAAGCAAAUGGCUGCUGAGCAACAGUGCGAGGAUCUCUUCUUGGUCGGACAAGACACGGAGGGCUACAGCCAGGCAGUCAAGGAUCUGAAAGGUGCCCGUGCCCGUGAAUUGCGUGAUCUCUUUGCUGCUGGAUUUGGUGCCCACCAUGCUGGACUUACCAGGUCUGAUCGUAAUCUGAUGGAACGUAUGUUUUCAGAGGGACAUAUCAAAGUCCUUUGUUGUACAGCAACUUUAGCUUGGGGUGUCAACCUUCCCGCGGCAGCCGUUGUCAUCAAAGGCACUCAACUGUACAGUGCUCAAGAAGGUAAAUUUGUGGAUCUUGGCAUUCUGGAUGUACUGCAGAUUUUUGGUCGUGCUGGUCGUCCACAAUUCCAAGACACUGGUAUCGGCUUCAUUUGCACGACUCACGACAAGCUCCACCAUUACUUGUCGGCAGUGACAUCGCAACAGCCCAUCGAAUCACGCUUUUCUAGCAAACUUGUGGACAAUCUCAAUGCCGAGAUUUCUCUUGGAACCGUCACUACUGUGGCCGAAGCAGUUCAAUGGCUCGGUUAUUCCUAUCUUUUCGUUCGAAUGCAACGCCAACCUCGCAAUUACGGUAUAGAAUGGGCAGAGAUUCGUGAUGACCCUAUGCUUGUGCAAAGACGACGAGAACUAAUUGUUAAUGCCGCUCGAGUACUGCAGAAAAGUCAAAUGAUCAUCUUCAACGAGCGAACAGAGGAGCUUCGUGCUAAAGAUGUCGGCCGUAUUGCAAGUCAGUUCUAUGUUUUGCAAACCAGUAUUGAGAUCUUCAAUGAAAUGAUGCGCCCCCGUGCCAGUGAAGCAGACGUUCUGAAAAUGAUCAGUAUGAGUGGAGAGUUUGACAAUAUCCAAGCCCGCGAAAACGAAUCGAAAGAGCUUGACCGACUACGCGAAGAAGCUCUUCAGACAGAGGUUGAAGGAGACAAUGACUCGUCUCAUGCCAAAACUAACAUUCUUUUGCAAUCGUACAUCUCUCGUGCUAAACUUGAAGACUUUGCUUUGGUGUCAGAUCUGGCUUACGUGGCUCAGCAGUCUGCACGUAUCUGUCGCGCUCUGUUUAUGAUUGCUCUAAACCGUCGCUGGGGAUACCAGUGUCAGGUUUUGUUGUCAAUGUGCAAGUCUAUUGAGAAACAGAUAUGGCCAUUCCAGCAUCCUUUUCACCAGUUUGAUCUGCCGGUGCCGAUUAUGAAGAAUCUGGACGAAAAGCUGCCGACUUCGUCAAUCGAGUCAAUGCGAGAUAUGGAACCAGCCGAAAUUGGUCACCUCGUGCAUAACCAUCGCAUGGGAAACACAAUCACCAAAUUACUGGAUAAUUUCCCUACUCUAAGUGUUGAAGCUGAGAUUGCUCCGCUAAACAGAGACGUUCUUCGUAUCCGUCUCUCGCUCUAUCCCGAAUUUACCUGGAAUGAUAGACACCAUGGAGCAUCCGAGGGAUAUUGGAUUUGGGUCGAGAACUCGGAUACUUCAGAAAUAUACCACCACGAAUACUUUAUCCUCAGUCGAAAGAAGCUUUACGACGACCACGAACUCAAUUUUACCAUUCCUUUAUCUGAUCCAUUGCCGGCCCAAAUCUACGUGCGUGCAGUUUCAGACAGAUGGCUUGGAGCUGAAACGGUCACUCCAGUCUCUUUCCAGCACCUUAUUCGUCCCGAUACAGAGAGCGUUUAUACAGAUCUUCUAGACCUCCAACCACUUCCUGUAUCGGCACUGAAGAACCCUAUCUUGGAAGAAAUUUAUGGACAGCGCUUCCAGUUCUUCAACCCUAUGCAGACGCAACUGUUCCAUACACUUUAUCACACCUCAGCCAAUGUUCUGCUGGGUUCGCCUACCGGUAGUGGAAAGACAGUUGCAUGCGAAUUAGCCAUGUGGUGGGCUUUUCGUGAGAGACCUGGGUCUAAAGUCGUUUAUAUCGCGCCAAUGAAAGCUCUAGUUCGUGAGCGAGUACAAGACUGGCGGAAGCGCAUCACGGCCGCAAUGGGUCUGAAAUUGGUUGAGUUGACUGGUGAUAACACGCCUGAUACUCGCACAAUCAGAGACGCAGAUAUCAUUAUUACGACUCCUGAAAAAUGGGAUGGUAUCUCACGUAGUUGGCAGACAAGAGGAUACGUACGACAAGUCAGCCUGGUUAUUAUCGAUGAAAUCCAUCUUCUAGGUGGCGAUCGUGGGCCUAUUUUGGAAAUCAUCGUCUCGCGUAUGAACUAUAUUGCAUCCCAGUCGAAGGGAUCAGUCAGACUGAUGGGCAUGUCUACUGCAUGUGCCAAUGCUUCGGAUCUAGGAAACUGGUUAGGUGUCAAAGAAGGAUUAUACAAUUUCCGACACUCGGUCCGUCCUGUACCGCUGGAAAUCUUUAUUGACGGAUUUCCUGAGCAGCGUGGAUUUUGUCCUUUGAUGCAGUCGAUGAAUCGUCCUACUUUCCUUGCCAUCAAAAAUCACUCGCCGGAGAAGCCUGUCAUUGUUUUCGUGGCUUCUCGAAGACAGACACGGUUGACCGCUAAGGAUCUGAUCAAUUUUUGCGGUAUGGAAGAUAAUCCGAGACGAUUCGUGCGGAUGUCAGAAGACGAUCUUCAAGUUAAUCUCGCGCGCGUGAAAGAUGAUGCGCUAAGAGAAGCCCUCAGCUUUGGAAUCGGUUUACAUCAUGCAGGUCUUGUUGAGUCCGACAGACAACUCGCAGAAGAGUUGUUCGCAAAUAAUAAGAUUCAAAUUCUCGUUGCUACGAGUACCUUGGCGUGGGGAGUGAAUUUGCCUGCUCAUCUUGUCGUGGUCAAAGGGACACAGUAUUUUGAUGCCAAGAUUGAAGGAUACAAAGACAUGGACUUAACCGAUGUGCUACAAAUGCUUGGUCGUGCUGGACGACCGCAGUUUGACAAUUCUGGUAUUGCCCGGAUUUUCACACAGGACGCGAAAAAAGCGUUCUACAAGCACUUUUUGCAUACUGGUUUCCCGGUAGAAUCGACAUUGCACAAAGUUCUAGACAAUCACUUGGGCGCUGAAGUAUCUGCAGGAACUAUUCUGACGAAACAGGACGCAUUGGACUAUCUGACCUGGACAUUCUUCUUCCGCCGGUUACACAAGAAUCCGUCGUACUAUGGGCUCGAGAUUUCUGCUGAUGAACAUAACACUAUGGCAGCACAACAGAUUGCGUCCGAGUUCAUGAUCGACCUUGUUGACAAAUCACUCAACGAGCUUGCCGAGUCUUCCUGUGUAGUCUUGGACGCGGCCACUGGCGAAGUCGAUUCAACCCCAUUCGGUAAGAUCAUGAGUUACUACUACCUCUCUCACAAGACAAUCCGCUACUUGAUGAGCCAUGCGGUUCGGCAGCCAUCUUUCGAGCAAGUCCUGGCAUGGAUGUGCUCGGCCACUGAAUUCGACGAGCUACCCGUCCGCCAUAACGAAGAUCUUGUCAACGCCGAGCUUGCGAAGAAUCUUCCAAUAUCCAAUCUACCAGAGGGCAUGAACGACUUGCCGAUGUGGGAUCCACAUAUCAAGGCCUUCUUGCUCUUGCAAGCCUACAUGUCUCGCAUCGAUUUACCCAUUUCGGAUUACGUCGGUGAUCAAACAUCGGUGCUUGAUCAGGGUAUUCGUAUCAUCCAGGCUAGUAUCGAUGUGUUGGCUGAGUUGGGCUACCUGCCUGCGUGUCGUAUGAUGAUGACUCUUCUGCAAUGCAUCAAAUCAGCGCGAUGGCCUGAGGAUCACUCAUUGUCGAUUUUGCCUGGUAUCGAGCCUGAAAUCCUAACCGCGGCCGUGGCAAGUAAUGAGACAAAGAAGAACAAGAAAGUGUCUCUCAAUCUGCCAGAUUCACUCGUUGCGCUUUCAUCCAUGCGGCCGGCCACUGUUGUCCAGGCACUAAACGAAACAUUAUCAUCGACACCAUCAUUUAGACCACUAGCGAUCCACCAAGUCGAUAAAAUCGUCUCCUCGGCUCUACCGCGUCUCUCAAUUUCUGUAUCCGACCUAUCAGCCAAGAGCAUGACGAUUUCACUUGCCCGUCAAAACGCGCCUCUCACAGCAGACUUCAAAAUUCAUGCUCCGCGAUUCCCCAAGCCACAGACAGAGGGAUACUUCCUGAUCGUGACUACUUCAAGCGUUGACGAGAGUAACGGCGAACUCCUCGCUUUGAAACGAGUAUCGUGGUUCAAUCCCCAGAAUCGGAACAACAACAAUACCCAAAACUCGCGUGGUCCCAGACGGACUAAUGGUACAACGGCUAGAGCAACCGUCAAAUUCCCAGAAGAGUUCCUGUUGUCAUCAUCGCCGGCUGGAGGAGCGGUAACGAGAAAGGUCGAUGUUGUUAUUGUGAGUGACUCGUAUAUUGGGAUGGAGUGGAAGAUGGUUGGGGUCGAGGUUCCGGUGUUGUCGGAUUCGAAUGGGGAGGGACCAUCCUCAAGGACGGUGGAUGUUGAGGCCAGGGUUGAGAAGGAGUAA